AUGGAAAUUUAUGAGACUGUGGUUCUGAGGUACAGGAAUGGCCCCAAGAUCACUGUGCCACCUGGUCUGCUUCAAGCUGACCCAGAUGGAAAGAGAUGGCUGAGAUUGAGGGCCAGCAAUGUCAACAUUGCUAGGCUUGUUUUGGGCCACCUGGAAGCUGCCAAGAAGGCUCCAAACCCUAGUCUGGCAGCAAGCCCUCAGCUGAAGAGCAUCCAGGACAAGAUCAAAGAAGCUGUUCUGACCAAGCAGGAGGAGGACAAUAUUGAAGAACAUGGAGCAAACCCAUUUGAUGAUGGCGCAGAAGGGACACAAUGUGUUGAACAAAGUGGCAAGACCUUGAGGCAAGCUUUGAAGAAGGCCCCAAGCACAGUGUCAAUCCAGCUUGGAAGCUCAUUAGUGGAGCUGAAGAGACCCCAUACUUGGAAAGAGAGUGACAUAGUGAUUCCUUUGGAAUCUUCUGCGUUGAAAGCAGUCCUUGAUUACAUAAUGCUGGAUGUGGAUGACUGCAUCAAGACUGAAAAGAAAAGGAGCUAUGUAAAGUCUGGUGCUUACUGCAAAAAGCAGAAGCUUGGCUCAGAAUCAGAAGAGUAA